AUGAGCCGGACGCUGCUAGUCUCAGCUCUCCUGCUGGUGUUGGUGGAAGCUUUUGCCGAAGGGGCUCCAGUAAAGAAUUGCCAACUUUCCCAAUACAAAUCCAUUUACCCCCCAUAUAACCAAGCCUUUAAGGACUUCAGGGAUAAAUACAAUGAGAUGCUCCAGGACCCUGCUGUGGGCUGUUCCGCCAGAAUCUUCCGCCGGAAGCUGGACGAGCUGUCGGAAUGUCAAAACUUGCUGGUGCUGGAGAAGAAAGUGGAUGUGACCAUCAGGGUCAUUCAGAACCUCAGCGAGCCCGAGCUGGUCAGGAACGCGUCCAAGCCCCUGGAGAUCCUGGCGAGUAUCCAGGAGGACCUGAGGAGCUGUAUCCAGCAGAAGGGCCUGGAUGGCGACGAGGCUGCGCAGUGGCCCAUCCUCGCCAAAUGGCUCCGGAAAGCCCACGCCGGAGAGAGUGAGGGGUCUGCCAGAUGCCUGGAGGAAGCUAUGAUCUUCAACCUCUUCCGCCUACUGAACGAUCUGCAGAAUGUUGCCCACAAGUUCAACGAGUCCUGCCACUGA